GACAAAGCCAGUGAGUGAGUUUGGUUCGAUUUUCGGGUAUCGCGGUAGUGAAAUUCUGUAGUGAAUUUCUUGUCCUUGUUCGUCGUGAACCGUGUGUCGGUUUGGCCCAGCAAGCUAGCGGGUUUUACGGUUUCGGUGUGGUUCCGGCAGCACACGUUGCGUAAAAUCAAUCCGGAUACGGUCGCACCUGGAGUGUGACAGAACUUUGACCUGAACGAAAACAGCAACCGAGCAAAUUUUUGCCAAGGAAAAUCUAGGACGAAAACCCAGGAAAAAUGCUAGCACGACAGGUUAUCCUGAACGGUGCCUCGAAUGCCCUGAAAAGCAUCUCGUCGGCGGCCACCUCGUCGCCGAAGAAGACCCUUGCGAAGGCGGCCGCCUCGGUAAUGGCACGCGAGUACCACGAGGUCACCGGUGACAUCAUCGUACCGUCGAUGGUGAUGGGCAUCGACCAUCUGCGUGAUCCUCGGCUGAACAAGGGCCUAGCCUUCACCCUGGAGGAACGGCAAAUCCUGGGCAUUCACGGAUUGCAACCGGCUCGCUUCAAGACCCAGGAGGAACAACUGGAACUGUGUCGGAUCUCGAUCUCACGCUACCAGGAGGAUCUGAACAAGUAUCUGUAUCUGGUAGAUCUACAGGACCGAAACGAAAAACUCUACUUCAGGUUGAUCUCGGAGGACGUGGAGAAAAUGAUGCCGAUCGUCUAUACGCCGACGGUUGGGUUGGCCUGUCAGAAGUUCGGUUUGAUCUAUCGACGACCUCGUGGGCUGUUCGUGACGAUCAACGAUCGAGGUCACGUAUACGAUGUGCUGCGGAAUUGGCCAGAACCGGAUGUGCGAGCUAUCGUGGUAACCGAUGGGGAGCGUAUUUUGGGUUUGGGAGACUUGGGAGCCUGUGGAAUGGGCAUUCCAGUCGGUAAGCUAGCUCUCUACACCGCAUUAGCCGGCAUCCCACCGCAUCAGUGUCUGCCGAUUGUGAUUGACGUCGGUACUAAUAACCAGAGCCUGCUAGAGGAUCCCCUCUACAUUGGACUACGGCAUAAGCGUGUGCAAGGUAAAGAGUAUGACGAAUUCAUUGAUGAAUUUAUGCAGGCUGUUGUGAAGCGAUACGGACAAAAUACCCUAAUUCAGUUCGAGGACUUCGGUAACCACAAUGCCUUCCGGUUUCUGGACAAAUACCGGGACACGUACUGUACGUUCAACGACGACAUCCAGGGAACAGCUUCGGUUGCAGUAGCCGGUCUACUGGCCUCGAAGCGCGUCACCGGGAGGAAAAUCUCGGAGAAUACGUUCCUGUUCCUAGGGGCAGGUGAGGCGGCGAUCGGUAUUGCCGACCUGGUGGUGAAGGCUAUGCAAGCAGAGGGUUGCAGUUUGCAGGAGGCCCGUGACAAGAUUUGGCUGUUCGACAUCGACGGCUUGUUGGCGAAAAAUCGCCCCGAGGGUCACAUGGGUGGUCAUAAGGCAUUCUACGUUAAGGAUCAUCGACCGGUGAAGAAUUUCGCCGAAGUGGUCAACGAGGUGAAGCCGUCUGUGCUGAUUGGUGCUUCGGCCGCUGGUGGUGCCUUUACGCCGGAGAUUCUUAAAGCGAUGGGCAAGAAUAAUGAUCGUCCUAUCAUUUUCGCACUGUCCAAUCCCACUUCCAAGGCCGAAUGUACAGCGCAAGCUGCCUACGAUAAUACCGAGGGUCGUUGCAUUUUUGCUUCGGGUUCGCCGUUCCCACCGGUUCAGUACGGAGGUAAAACUUUCUACACCGGUCAGGGUAACAAUGCGUACAUUUUCCCAGGAGUAGCUCUGGGCGUCAUUGUCACCGGAACGCAUCAUAUCCCGGAGGAUAUGUUUUUGAUUGCUGCCCAGGCUGUCGCCGACCAGGUUGCACAGGAAGAUCUUGACAAGGGUUCUCUUUAUCCUCCCCUAGGAGCCAUUCGUGAAUGUUCCCUUGACAUAGCGGUUGGAGUGACCAAGUUUGCGUAUCAAAAAGGUCUUGCAUCCACCUAUCCGGAACCAGAGGACAAGCUGUCCUACAUUAAGUCCCACUUGUAUAAUUUCAACUACGAAACUGCCAUGCCGGUCACCUGGAAGUGGCCCGACCAGAAGGAAGUUAAGACUCGCCCGAUCACGCCGACUAAAUUGCAAGCCUGAGAUUUACCUCAGCUGUAAGCAGCAGCCCAGUAUUUUAAAAUCAUUUCGUAUCCUGACGGUAGUUUACGUUAAAAUCUUAUUUAUUUUUAUACGAAACAAGCAAAAAGCUCAACAACAAGAUUAUGAUUUCUUUUUAAUUAUUUUAAAAGUUGAACAAAAGGUAAACUUUGGUUUUAAAACAUACGGUUGAGAUCACCCAAUUAAAUUAGGCUUUGUUUCUCGAAUGUGAUACCAAGCAGCACUGCUGUGACAGCAGUUUAGAAGAAUGAACACUCAUUCGCAGUGUUGAUAGAACGAUUAAAUCUCAUCACCACCCGCUGAAAGCUGAAUUAAUAGAUAAAUAUCAUCAAUCGACGUUCCUUAUCACCCUAAUAAUAUUACGCGCACUUCUGCCGCAAGCAAGCAAACUGCAACAUUUUCGCUCUCGGACUGCCGGAGGUCGGAGAACAACUAGCAACGGUUACGGACGAGCACUUGUAGUAGCGUAGUCUUAGCAUAGAGUAGCUUUCACUUAAUUGCAUGAUUAAAGUUAAAAUUAACCAACAAUAAAAUACGAGCAGUGUUUAGGAUGCAGAGUUAUUGAAAUUUCGAUUUUUUUUAAAAAUAGUGAAACAAAUAUCAACUCAUGCCGUUGCAGAUGUGUGUGUAUAUGUUAAAAGUAAUGCAGCGGAUAAAAAAACUCCUACCGAGGACAGAAACUUUAAAAUAAAUUAUAAAUAUAAUCGAGUGUAGAUUUUUCUGUUGAUCCACAAAAGAGAGGGAUUCUGGUUUGUGACCAUCCGAAAAAAAUCGU